GAGCAACAACUUGACAUUCAAACGCAGGCAAACGGCCAAGAAAGGCUUGGAAGGAUAGGCAGCUGCUCAUAUCACCAUUAAUUUACCAUGGUAGAUUUAUCAUCAUGCAUCAUGUAAAUAGAAAACUGCGUUAUAGUUGGCAACAUUUGUAGCUACUGCAGUUUGGCGGAAUCAAGUGAGCACACGAGGAGGGGAAACGCACUUUGUUUUGGGUGGCUGCUCUGACCGGUUGAUGGGACAAUAUUGCAGCCAAGAAAAAGCCAAGGCGUUCACGAUUCAAGUUUGGAUGAACAUCGCAACAGAAGAAGUUGAACUCUCUGCUUCAAGGAGGAUACUGUGACGUGAACUGAACCGUUGAACAUAUUUGACGGUCAAUACAGUAUAACCAUCCUAGAUUGAACCGAAUGUUGAGGCAAAACAUGGCUAGCUAGACUUGGCCAGCUGGCUAGAAGUAGCUAGCUAGCCAAAUUAGCUAGCUACGAUUGGGGGUUAGGCUAUUGAGUUGAGAGAUUGUGCUAAAUUUGGACUGUGGUUUUCAAGCUAAUCCUGGUUGCGAUAUUGCUGAGCUACAUUGGAUUCUUAAUGUUUUUGUUUUAUUUAUUGUAUUGGGUUCGUGACGAUUAAUUGAGUAAUUUGGAUCACAUUUCUUGUAAGGGUUAAGCAGUCAAGGUAAAGAUGUUCCUGAGAGAGAGGGCAAAGUUGGACUGUUUGUUAGCAAGCCACCGACCUCAACCCUGACAAGCUAGUCAACCAGUUAUGUCAUUUUGGGUGUUGUCCUUACCUCAAACAAAAUAUUGGUCUAAUUUAAGUAGCAUUAAGAAUCUAAGCACUUUUCUUCCUUCAGACACUGUCACCGGCAUUAGACUACACACGUGGGAGUUAGGGAAGUCAGUCACUGGGAAAGAUAGGAAGGUAUAAAAUUAGGCGAUUUUCAAAUAUGGGUUCAUUGAAAGCUCUUCAAGAAUGGUGUCGGAUACAAUGCGAAAAUUACAACGAUGUGGAAAUAAAGAACAUGUCGACGUCUUUUCGAGAUGGCAUGGCAUUUUGUGCCAUAAUCCACCGAUAUAGACCGGAUCUUAUAGACUUUAACUCCCUCUCCAAAGAGAAUGUCUACGAAAACAACCGCCUGGCGUUUGAGGUGGCUGAGACGGAGCUGGGAAUCCCAGCCCUGUUGGACCCAGAGGACAUGGUGUCCAUGAAAGUGCCCGACAGACUGAGCAUCAUCACCUACGUCUCCCAGUACUACAACUUCUUCACCAACAAGUCCCACGCCAACCCCCCCAUUAUGAAGAGGCCAAGUGGUACAGGCCACAUUGAGCCAGCCCAAAAGAAGCCCACAGCCCCACUGGAGGAUAAAAUGGUAGAGUCUGAGCCAAACCCAGAACCCGGGCUGAAGGUGGUGGGAGAGGAGGCCGGGGCGGCGGAGGCCGGGGCGGCGGAGGCCGGGGCGGCGGAGGCCAAGCGCGUCACGCUCAGCAGCACCUGCGCCGCGUGCCGCAAGCACGUCCACCUGGUGCAGAGGUUCCUGGUCGACGGCAGGCUCUACCACCGCAACUGUUUCAGGUGUAGGGAAUGUAGCAGCACCCUACUUCCUGGAUCCUACAAACCAGGAAGUGAGUCAGGAUCUCUGGUCUGCACGCAUCACUUUGGCAGGGCGGCCUUGACCAAUCAGAACGGCCGACCGGACCUCAGCAAGAAGCCGGUGGUGGUCGAGUCGGCCCGGGUCGGUCCAAGCACUCCACCUCAAACGCCACCUCAAACUCCACCUUCCGAGAGGGACCAGAUAAAGGUUCCUUCUCAUGAAGAUGUCUGCAAAGACCACUCCACACCAGCCGAUGACUCCACCACACCCUCACCUCCUCCUCCUCCAACUGUCCUCACAAACUCGGAGAGCGAGGAGAGCGAAGAAAGCGAGGCCGCCCCUCCGCCCUCCUCUCCGCCCUCCUCUCCUCCCAAUCCUUUUGACGAGAGCGACGAAGAAGGAGGAACGGGAAAGGAGGAGGAGGAGGAGUCUCAAACACCGGCCAACGAAACAGCCAAUGGCAGCCUCCCGGCAUCGCCCGUUAGUCACGUGGGAGCGGCCGGUCGGCCAGUGCCCGCCCCUCGACGUGUUUCGGAGGUGGCCCCCCCUCCUCGGCCAGCCCCUAGGGUCCUCCCACCACGGGUGAUGGACACCCUGGAAGUCAACGGUGAACACAGGAGAUCUGUCCCGGCUCCCAGACCUCGCGACAGAUCCCACUCCCCUGGACGCUCUAGUCUUUCCAACGACACCCCCAAACCCAAAGACCCACCCUGGUUAGCCCUCGUCCAAUCUGAACCCAAGAAGAAGCCGGCCCCGCCCCCUCCCCCGGGUACAGCCACGCCCCCACACCAAGGCUCUCUCUCCUCUCUCAAAGGGGCGGGCUCCAGGCCGGCCACGCCCCCAGUGCCCGCCAACCCCUUCGAGGAUGACGAGGAGGAGGAGGGGCUGGAAGGGGAGGAAGAGGCGGGGGGAGGGGCGGUGCCACCCACCAUCGCGGCGAUCCACCCGUGGUACAGCAUCAGGCAGGGGGCGGAGACGACGGGGGCGGACACGCCCCCUAGCGGAGGUAGCUCCUCCCGCUCAGCCAGCCCCGGGGGGUCCAGGGUUAGGAAGGGCCCAGCACCACGACCCCCUCAGCCCCCUAACUCCAACACAGCUCUUUCUCACUCUCAGCCCUCCUCUUCCGCCCCCUCCCCAGCGAUUAGCAUCGAGAGCUUAUCCUCCGCCUCCGACCACAGCUCCUCCCACCCUCCCCUGCAGGGCGGGGCCAGGGCCGGCGAGGACCACCCCUUCACCAAGAGUGUCUCUGAGCCCUCCAUCUCCGGGCCCUGUGACUCCGCCCCUCCCGCCUCCGCCUCCUCUUCCGAACGCCUGGCCCCGCGCCUCUCCUUUGGCCCCUCCCCUUCCUCCCUUCCAGCCAACACCAGCUCGGCCCCCGCCACCCCGCAAACCAAUCGGAGCGCAGGGGCCAGGGCAGCCAGGCCGCCGCCCCCGAGGCCCCCCGGCACGGCCAGUCCCCUGGCUGCAUCAGGGAGUCCCGUGGCCCCGCCCCCUCGUAGCAAGCGACACUGCAAGGAGAACCCCUUCAACAGGAAGGCCUCCCCCUCAGCAUCCACCCCGAAAAGCAGGCCCCCGCGAGGGCCGCGGCCGGCCAGACCCCCCGCCCCCGGACACGGCUUCCCCCUCAUUAAACGCAAGGUGCAGUCAGACCAGUACAUCCCAGUGGAGGACAUCCAUGGAGAGAUGGGGGAGCUGGAGAAGCAGCUGGAUGAGCUGGAGCAGAGAGGAGUCGAGCUGGAGAGCAAGCUCCGAGACAACCCCAACGACGAGGAGGAGGAACACCUGCUGGUCGACUGGUUCACCCUCAUCCACGACAAACACCUGCUCGUGAGGAGGGAGGCCGAGCUGGUCUACACGGCCAAGCAGCAGAACCUGGAGGAGAGACAAGCAGAUGUGGAGUAUGAGCUCAGGUGUCUCCUGAACAAGCCAGAGAAGGACUGGAGCGAGGAGGACAAGGGGCGGGAGCAGGAGCUGAUGGGCGAGCUGGUCACCAUCAUCGAACAACGGAACCAAAUCAUCAACAACAUGGAUCAGGACAGGCAGAGGGAAGAGGAAGAGGAUAAACUUCUGGCGGCCAUGUUGAAGAAAAAAGACUUCCAGAAGGAUCCGGAAGUAGAGCAGAAGAAGAAAGGGGGGAAGUUUAAACCCAUGAAGGUCCUCAAGAGGCUGAGUCACAAGGGGGAGCCCGGCAAGGGCCCCAGCCCCCACAAGGGCCCCAGCCCCCGCAAGGAGAACUGAAAGAAAUAUGACUUGAGGAAGAAAAGGAGUACGAAUAGUUAUAGGAAAGGAAGAGGGUGCCUUGCCCCCCACCAAAUCAACCUCCCCACACCCCGAGCAAGGACAUGUAUCUUUGUCAAAAAAAAGAGAGACAGAUGAAGAAAGGAAAAAAAAAUUAACGAAACACUGAACUCAAGCACUAACUCCAGCUUUACGCGUACACGGCUUUAUCAAAGACUCGCGCGACCCUCAACCUGGGCAAGUCGCUCCCAUCAAAUCCGACGCUCUUCCCAAAAACCCGCAGUAACCUCUCCAGUGCGUUUUCUGUUGAUAUCCAAUUUUUUCAGUUGCCUUCUGGGUUUGGACACGAAAAACAAAUGGGGUGAGCAGGACAAGUGCUUCGAGAGCUUGAUCGGCAGAAGCAGUGAGCCUAGCAUGAAACGUUUUCUCCUGUGUCGUUACCGUGUCGUUAAAUCAUUUUUACAUUGCACCUUUCCUCCCUUAGGCCUUGUCUUUUUAACAGUAGAUUUAAACUAUGGCUAGAUGUUUUUUUGUGUCUUAUCGUUUUAUAAUAUGCUUAUGAACACUCCCUGAAUGUCGAAACGGUAUGGAGGGAUAGCAGAUGGAUUUUAAGUUAUAUCGACGAGCCCUGCAUGUGGUUAAAUCUUGAAAUGCAGAUGUUUUUUUCAUUUUGUUUUCUUCUCCAAGGAUAUUUUGGUUGUAUGUUUUAAGGGUCCUGAUUAGUCAGGGCAAAAGCUGACCUGAAUGUUUAUGGUGGAUGAGGGAUAUUUAAAGCCCAUGUUCAUUACAGUGAUGCCACGAUCUGCAAUAUGUUACAGACGAGUUACACUAACGUUACUGUGCUGUAGUUAUGUAACUGAAAUGUGUAUAUAUCAUGUCUGACAAUUUCAUGGGUUUGAGAAUCAUGGUUAUAUAGUUGAUCUGGAUAGGAAGACAGCUUUUAAUGUAUUAAAAACUAGAAAAGAGUGUACUUUAAUACAGCACUAGAUGUAUUAAAUUGAUUUAGCUUUCGAGAAACAAUUCUAAAUGUACAUUUUAGAGCAUUAGGGGCUAUAAAAUGCAAUAAGGAAACGUUUGAAAACAUAGAAUUGAACUACACUGUAGAUAGCCGUUAUCCAAAACACCAUAGCAACUGUUAAACUGUUAGGGAGAGAUGUUGCAAAAUAUGCAAUCUUUUAAUUUAUAUUUGACAAUGCCUUUCUGUGUUUUGUCUGUCGGACUUUCAUUGUGUUUGCCUUAAAAGUUGGAAUCAAACUUUAAAAGUUGAUACGCUGAGAUUCCUUGUUCCUGAGUGCCAUGUCGUUAUUUAAUUGUAUUUUAGGAGCCGUCUGUCCUAAGUUGUGUAUGUUUGUGACUGUAGUUGGGUAUGGUCUGGUCGUCUUCCUCUCUGUCUCUGUACCAACUUGCUCUCAGUUUUGUUUAAUUGUCUGUGUCACCAUUUCUGUGUUUGUCAUGUUACUUCCUGUGGGUUUGUGCCUGACUUCCUGUUCAAACCGAGGGCUUCUGAAGAGCUACAGCAAUAAUGUUAAAUAUUCAAACAUGAUUGCUUAGAAAUAUGGGAGACGAGAGAAAUAAAAAAUUAAUGCAACUAA